AAUUUUCGAAAUUCUAAGCCCCACUAACCAGGCCUUGAUUUCCCCACCUCUUUGCCUCCCGCUUUCCAGCCCACCAAAGGCGCCCGCCACCCAACACAACAUCUUUCUUCGUUCGGUCAUUACAUUGUUGGUCGAGAACAAAGAGCAAGAUCCUCUGAAACGCUCGCUAGAAUUUCGCAUUUCUGUGCAGUAAUACGUUUUUUUACCAACGACCACAGCCUAAACGAAGAAUCCCGAAAAUGGCGCCGUCAUCCUCCAAAGAGAAGCGCCUGGCGAAGCGGGCCGCCGAGGGCAAGGACAAGAAGACAGUCGCUUCGCGAUCCAAGGCGAACUCUAAGAAUGCCAGCAACACGGGGUCAGAUGCCGAGGUCGAGAUCGAUGCUUUUGGAAACCCAGUCGUAGUCGACGAGCCCGCCACUUCUGCCGAGAAGAUGGACGAGGUCAAGCGGUUGGCUGACCAGCUGGAUAAGCAUGGCAUCUCCGAUCGUGUCGUUACCGGCGUCCUCGCCUCCACCCCCGCCAGCAAAGAUGUGAAAAUUACCAGCACAAGUCUGGUGUUUCACGGUCGUGUGCUGAUCACCGACGGAACCCUCGAGCUCAACUUUGGCCGGAGAUAUGGCCUGUUGGGUGAGAACGGGUGCGGUAAGAGUACCUUAUUGAAGGCCAUUGCCGCCCGCGAGUACCCGAUUCCCGAGCACGUCGACAUUUACCUGCUUAACGAAGGCGCACCCCCGAGCGACAUGGGUGCUUUGGAGUGGGUCGUCAAGGAGGCCGAGAAUGAGAUGGAGCGUCUGGACAAGCUGGCCGAGAAGCUAUUGGAGGACGAGGGCCCCGAGUCGGCCGUCCUCAUGGACCUGUACGAGCACAUGGAGAAGAUGGACCCUUCGACAUUCGCAACCCGUGCCUCUUUGAUCUUGACCGGUCUGGGCUUCGAUAAGAUUACCAUUCACAAGAAGACCAAGGACAUGUCCGGUGGAUGGAGAAUGCGUGUUGCGCUUGCAAAGGCCCUUUUCGUCAAGCCGACACUGCUCCUCCUCGAUGACCCAACUGCGCAUUUGGAUCUCGAGGCCUGCGUGUGGCUCGAGGAAUACAUGAAGAAGUGGGAUCGCACGCUCAUUCUCGUGUCUCACUCCCAGGAUUUCCUCAAUGGUGUCUGCACAACCAUGAUCGACAUGAGGGACAAGAAGCUCCUCUACUAUGGUGGUAACUACGACUCGUACGUCAAGACCCGGUCUGAGCAGGAGGCCAACCAGAUGAAGGCGUACCAGAAGCAGCAAGACGAAAUCACGCACAUCAAGAAGUUCAUUGCCAGUGCCGGUACAUACGCCAACUUGGUCCGCCAGGCCAAGUCCCGUCAAAAGAUCCUAGACAAGAUGGAGGCUGAUGGCUUCAUACAGCCUGUGUCUAACGACAGGAUAUUCACCUUCCGGUUCGCCGAGGUCGAGAAGCUGCCGCCCCCGGUUCUGUCCUUUGACGACGUUACCUUCUCCUACUCGGGCAACCCGAAGGACGACCUGUACCGGAAUCUCGACCUUGGUUUCGACAUGGACUCCCGAACGGCUCUCGUGGGACCCAACGGUGUGGGCAAGUCAACUCUUCUGCGUCUCAUGACCGGCAAGCUGUCGCCCACCCAAGGCUCCGUGACCAGACACACCCACUUGAAGUUGGGCCUGUACUCUCAGCACUCGGCUGAGCAGCUGGAUCUGACCAAGUCGGCUCUCGAUUUCGUUCGCGACAAGUACAGCCACAAGUCGCAAGACUACCAGUACUGGAGACAACAGCUUGGUCGCUAUGGCCUGACUGGAGAGUCCCAGACCUCGCUGAUCGGUACCCUCUCCGACGGACAGAAGAGCCGUAUCGUGUUUGCCCUGCUUGCCAUCGAGUCGCCCAACAUGUUGCUGCUGGAUGAGCCUACCAACGGUCUCGAUAUUCCCACAAUUGACAGUUUGGCGGAUGCCAUCAACGCCUUCAGCGGUGGUGUUGUUGUCGUCAGUCACGACUUCAGACUUCUGGACAAGAUUGCCAAGCAGAUUCUCGUCUGCGAUAACAAGACCAUCAAGGUGUGGGAUGGUACGAUAGCCGGGUACAAGAACCAUCUCCGGAAGAAGAUGAUUUCGGCUGGCGCGGUUUGAAGCGGUUGCUAUAGAUUGCAGUCAAUUACUACAAAGAAUGACAGUCAUGAUCGAGCCCGCCCGCCCGCAGGAGAGUGGGGGAUAAAAGCGAGACUGCGGAAGGGGACGAUGGCCGUUCUGGGGCUUCUGGGCCAAAUAAAAAGGCUCGCGACGGGCGCUCAGUUCGAGCCAGCGACAGUGGCUUCUGGGAUGGACGGGAUAGACUUUUAUUUAUAUCUGCUUCUGAUUCAACCCCACCAUUCAUUAGAGGCAUGAAGAUACUGAGUAAUACAAAACCAGGAUCUUGCGAACGUUUACAGCUAUGUUUCUAGGCCGUUAUCUUUUUAUGUCCAUGUCUAGACAAGAUUGGCACGUGUAAUGUAACUCAAGAGUGUUUUAAAUGACUGGGCUCAACUGAAUUUGAGGCUUGCCUCUCAGGCCGCACUACCUAAUGUGGCUUGCCGACUGGGGCUGGUUUAUUGGUAGGUAUCCGUUUUUGGUCG